UGCUGUGGGUGGAGGUGGUGGCCGCGCGCCGUGUGUGUGGACAGGCCAUUCGACAUAUCAAUAUUGCCCUAACAUUUAUCUUUUAAAUUAUUUUUCAUAAUGCACCCCUGGCAAGAAAUAAGCGUCAGUUUUUCAGUCUACGUUCAUUGAUCUUGAUAAGCCUUGCACCAAUGUCGUCAGAGGCUGACACAGGUGGAGCAGGGGCAUAUGCCUCAGUUUUCUCUGUCUCUGAUCGGGUGGUGUGGCUGGGAAGCCUGGGCACUCGUCUGGGCACAGUCCGCUGGUUGGGCGAGCUGCCCCAGCUACGCUCUGGCACCACUGUUGGCAUAGAACUGGACUACGAGCUACCUCGCGGUGGAACGGACGGAUGGCACGAGGGCCGAUUUCUGUUCCGAGCGCGCGCCAAACAUGGUCAGCUGGUGUCACCCCAGGAGUUGGUCCUGGAGCACCGCUACUUUGGAAAGCCCGACCCAGCCUGCUCGGAGCAGCAGCCGCCGUUGCCGGUGCCCGGACCAAAUCUCACGGCCCGGGAUCUCAUUGAGGACGCCAUGGCGCGUGUGGCGGCCGAGCAGAGAGUCCUCCGGGACCGCGGACGGCGACCGGAGGAGGCUGGAGAGGUGCUGGUGGGGGAGGGAGCCGGCCCGGCCGCGUACGGAGCGCCGCUUACCAUGCUGGAGCCCCCCUGGAGAGUGGCUGCCGCCCAGGCCGCCGCGAGGGGACACAAGCGGGCCGAGUGCUGCAGGUGACACCACCGCCACCUGCCGGUGACCUGAGGAAACUCA